AUGACCAAGACUAAAGCCGCUCCGACCAGCCGUAGCAGAGCUGAAAUUGCUGCACUGGUUCAGCAACGUGUGAACGAACGAGAGGCGUGGCUGGUGGAUGGCGAGCCCCAAGGGAAAAAGAGUCUGUUGAAAGAGGCCAACCAAUUCGUAGGGGAUGUCGCGCCCAAACUGGCUCUGUUUCGGCCUCCUUCCCAGGCAUUUCUCGAUGAGCAUUUUCCAGUCCAAUACUUUGACUAUGAAAAGUGGGAGCAGCUGCGGCACCCUCCACUGGAAAAAAUCCAAGUGACUUGGAUGAGCCAUGCUUCUGUGCUGUUUCAGAUUCAAGGAUGUUCCGUAUUGGCUGAUCCCGUCUUUUCGCAACGUUGUGCUCCCACUCAGUGGAAUGGACCCAAACGGUAUCGAUCUCCUCCCUGCACCAUUGCUGAGUUGUGCCAUCACUUGCUCAUUGAUGUGGUGAUCAUUUCCCACAAUCACUAUGAUCACUUGGAUUUUGCCAGUGUGAGAGAUAUUCACAAAUUCUCACCAGCGACGACGUUUGUGGUUCCAUUGGGAUUGAAGCUGUGGUUUCACAAAAAGAUAUCCAAGCACGCUCUGGUGCAAGAGCUGGAUUGGAAUGAACACUAUGAUUACAACUACAACCCCGCUGGGUCCAGUGCCAUUGGUGCUACAAGGCAGUCGUUACGCAUUACCAGCGUCCCCAUGAGGCAUUGGUCCAGUCGGCUUGGAGUGGACCGAGAUAAGACACUCUGGUGUGGAUACAGUAUGGCCACUCAUAGCGAUGACGAUGAUGAUCAAAAGGCUCCAACAGCUGUUCCAACGCAAAAGGCUCUCUUCCCUGGGGACACUGCCUGGUUUGAUAGUAUGCAGGAAUUGGUGGGUGAAGCAUAUGGUCCAUUUGAUGUUGCUGCUAUUCCUAUUGGUGCCUAUGAACCACGAGGCUUUAUGAAACACAAUCACAUCAAUGUGGAGGAAGCUGUCAAAAUGAUGGAUGCUUGCCGUGCUGUCAAUGCUGUGCCAAUUCACUGGGGAACCUUCCCGUUGACGAUAGAACCCGUAUUGGAACCUCGGGAGCGAUUGGAGUCACUCAUGAAGGACCGUGUUGCUCCUGGAUCCUUUGGAUCCUGGUUGAUUGGUGAAACCAAGCAGUUUAGUGCUGGCAGAGGUGCGGUGUAG